UCUCCCUAAGCUGUGUUCAUAUCAUCACGCAGUAAGUCAAGCCAACUCCUCUUCUCCACACCGACACCUCCAUAGCCAGCUUCGCUUCUCCACACUGCAUAUCCUUCUUUUUUGUAUAUCUCAAUUCAACAGUACUUCCUUCUGAUUUGCCAAAUCCUUAGGAAUCAAUCAUAUUUUGAUGAAAUAAGAAUGAAAUUUCCUUCUCCAUCAGCCGGGUUAUUCAGGACUCCAUGGAAGUUCCAAAUUUUGGAAGGGAAAAAAAGCAAGAAAUUGGGAAGAUGUGGAGGAGUGUAAAGAGCUGAAAUUUUGAAGAGUAAGAAGCGAAAAGGAAGUCUUUGAAGGAGAGAAAAAGCAAUUACUUUUAAUUCUGUGAAUUCAGGUCAGAUGGGCUCCAGCAUAGACGUGUUGGAAGCAAAGAGGUUUCUAGCAUGCUGUUUAGUUGUCUAAGAAUUAUUUCUAUAUUGAGAAAAUCUUUUAUGGGGUAAGGACUGGGGGCCGAAAUGGUUUUACCUCUAAAUGUUUUAAGAACAUGGAAGAGAUGCGAGAUGAUGUGGGGCCAACAGAACAAGGGCCUUCUAAUGCUGUGUGGUGGGGUUCUGAUUUUAUGGAGAAAUUUGAAUCUGUAUCUUUGCUUGCACAAGAAGAUAGUUUGAGUAAUAAGGGAUCACCUAGAAAUUAUGAGGAUGAUGGUUUGUCUUCACAGACUGCAUCCCAAAUUCUUUGGAGCACCGGGAUCCUUUCUGAACGAAUUCCAAAUGGUUUCUACUCUGUCAUACCGGAUAAAAGGCUAAAGGAGCUCUUUGAUUGUAUUCCAACAUUGGAUGAGCUCCAUGCCUUGGAUGGCGAGGGUUUCAAGGCUGACAUCAUUUGUGUAGAUACAAAGAAAGAUAAGAAAUUAUCUAUGCUGAAGCAAUUGAUUGUGGCAUUGGUGAAAGGAUUGAACUCAAAUCCUGCUGCAAUGAUAAAAAAGAUUGCAGGAUUGGUAUCUGAUUUUUAUAAAAGGCCAAAUGUGGAAAGUCCAGCAAAAGCUGCACUGGAGGAAACCUCCCACAUGUUUGAAAACCGAGGUGUUCAGUUACUUGGGCAAAUAAAGCAUGGGUCUUGCCGUCCUCGAGCAAUCUUGUUUAAAGUUUUGGCAGACACUGUAGGUCUUGAAAGCAGGCUCAUGGUGGGUUUACCAAAUGAAGGAACUGUUGAAUAUGCAGACUCAUACAAGCACAUGUCUGUGUUAGUUGUUCUGAAUUCUGUGGAAUUACUGGUUGAUCUUAUGCGGUUUCCCGGUCAGUUAAUACCCCGGUCAACCAGGGCAAUUUUUAUGACUCAUAUUUCAGCAGCAGGGGAGAGUGAUUCUGCAGAAAAUGAUUCUUGUGAUUCACCACUGGAACCAAACAGUCCUUUAUAUGGCUUUUCAGAGAGGGUGGAUCCUGACAGUGCUGAAAAAGAUGAGAGCCUGCAGUUCCAUCGGAAGUUAGAGGCAGCUGCAAAUGUGUCAGGACCUUCAUUGCUAAAUAUGAUGUUGCGAUCUGCUACAUCUAUUGACCGGAAAUUGAGCUUAUCACAUAGUGAGCCCAAUAUUGCAACAACCUUUUGGCGACGUAGCCGGAAAAAGGUCAUUGCUGAACAGCGGACUGCUAGUUCAAGUCCAGAGCAUCCUUCUUUGCGAGCACGUGGACGCUCCAUGUUAAGUGGUGAUAGGCAUUUAAUCAGAGGUUAUGGUGAUGAUGAAGUUGCAUCAAGCUACAAGUCAGAAGGUGCAUCAACAUCAGAACUUCGUAGAAUAAGAAGAAGAAGCAUUAGCAUGACCCCAGAGAUUGGUGAUGAUAUCGUAAGGGCUGUACGUGCAAUGAAUGAAUCUUUGAAGCAAAAUCGGCUUGUGAGGGAGCAAGGUGAUAGGUCGUUUGCAAACUCUCUAGAUGACAAGGACAGUGGUUCAGAUCUUCAGAAAAAUGCAUCAAAUUUUGAGCUUGAUGGCCAUCAUGAAAUAUCUGGUGGAAGAUCUGCCUUAUAUACUCUGCAAAGAGACCAUGUAAAUUCCCAAAAGGCUAUAUCAUUACCAUCAUCACCGCAUCAAUACAGGAGUCAGACUUCAGAGAGAAGGGGACCUUCUGGUUAUAUGGUAAAUGAUGAAUUGGUUUCUACAUGGAACAAAGUUCUCGAAUCUCCCAUGUUCCAUAAUAAGCCUCUAUUACCUUUCCAAGAAUGGAACAUUGAUUUCUCAGAAUUGACUGUUGGAACCCGUGUUGGCAUUGGGUUUUUUGGGGAAGUUUUCCGCGGUGUCUGGAAUGGAACAGAUGUUGCAAUCAAGGUUUUUCUAGAGCAAGAUCUAACUGCUGAAAACAUGGAGGACUUCUGCAACGAGAUAUCUAUUCUUAGCCGACUUCGACAUCCUAAUGUAAUCUUAUUUUUGGGUGCCUGCAUGAAGCCUCCUCACUUGUCAAUGGUUACUGAAUAUAUGGAGAUGGGGUCCUUGUAUUAUUUGAUCCAUUUGAGUGGUCAGAAGAAGAGGCUUAGUUGGAGAAGGAAGCUAAAAAUGUUGCGAGAUAUAUGCAGGGGGUUGAUGUGCAUUCAUCGGAUGAAGAUAGUUCACCGCGACCUCAAAAGUGCAAACUGCCUUGUGAACAAGCACUGGACUGUGAAGAUCUGUGAUUUUGGACUCUCCAGAAUAAUGACAGAGACGCCGAUGAGAGACUCCUCUUCUGCAGGAACUCCUGAAUGGAUGGCUCCUGAACUUAUUCGUAAUGAACCCUUCACUGAGAAAUGUGAUAUUUUCAGCCUUGGAGUGAUAAUGUGGGAGCUCUGCACACUAAAUAGACCAUGGGAAGGAGUGCCGCCGGAAAGGGUAGUUUAUGCCGUUGCUAAUGAGGGAUCACGAUUGGAGAUUCCUGAAGGUCCACUGGGCAGGUUAAUUUCAGAUUGUUGGGCAGAACCCCAUGAACGACCAAGCUGCGAAGAGAUACUCUCCCGGUUGCUGGAUUGCGAGUACACGCUCUGCUGAGUCUUUUUUUUCCCACCUUAUUUUUCAUGUAUAGAAAACAUGGUAGAGGGGUUACAAUGUGUUUCGGCUAAAUUGUACACUGUCUUCGAUUUUCCUUAUUAUUGUAAGAAACAUCAAAUGCUUCAAUUUUCAUUUUUCAAUGGAACCAUUGUCUGUGAUUCAGUGCAAUGGAAAAAAUUUAAAGAAA